AUGAAGGAGGGUAGAUACGAAUGUAUUCCAACACAUUUAAAUCAACUCACAGAUAAACCUAUGCAGAAUCGCUGUGUUACUGCUUCAGAACGAGCUGGAGUAUCGUUUUCCGUUUACCUGGAUCAUGACCUUGACCUAGGAACACAUCAAACCAUUAAGUUCAAUCAGGUUAUCAUAAAUGAUGGCAACGGGUACAAUAUUUACACAGGUGUGUUCACUUGUCCCGAAUCAGGUGUGUAUAUGUUUUCUUUCUUUAUCGGCGGGAGAAGCGAAACAUCUACUCCUACAGGCGAGUAUGCACAACUAAUGGUAAACGACCAACACGUCAUUGAUGCUGUUGUUGAUACAUUUCAUUCUUCGCAAGACCUUCAGGGAGGAAACACAGUCAUCAAACGAUUAAAGCAAGGCGAUGCUGUAUGGAUUGGUUCUUUGGCUGGACAUGUCGAAGGGCGACCAGGCUUAAGAAUUUCAACUUUCUCUGAUGUUUAUUUGUAUCCAUAAUUUUUAUUUACAAUAAAAUAAAUAAGUGUUUAUCA